AUGCCACCCACUUCCAAUACAAUGAUGGACAACCCCUUCCCACCACCAGAACCAACAGAUUUGGGCGAAAUUGAUCGUCUUCCUGCUACCAUAGAGGAAUUCUGCACCACCAUUGGACUCGGUCACGACAUCCAAAACUGCGAGCGUCGAGAAGGGGGAAACAACAAUGUUGUUAUGUUUUCCUACAUGCCCUUUACAUCUUCCGAUCCAAACCAUCCUCCACAUACUCGACAGCACUGUAUAUUGAGAACGGAAAAGAUCGUCUUCACCAAUUCUCCCAACGCGGAAUGCGAAGAUACGAAAAGAAUCGUCGCACUUGCGCAGGUCUGUGGAGAAGCAGAACCCCAUCCAUCUCAGCUUCCUAUUCCUGCGGUUUUGGCGUAUGAUGAGUCGUAUGAUAAUACUAUUGGCUGUCCGUACAUUGUACAGCGAAAAGCGGCAGGGAAAGACCUGGCACGCUGGUAUGAACUGCUCAAUGUCCCUGGUUCCGCUACGGAACAGUAUCAUCUGAAGGAAAGAAUGAGAGUCGCGGAGGAAAUGGCGAAGUUUCUUGCGAGUGUGGAGAUGAAUUUCCAGUAUACGGCGUAUGGAUUGUUGGUUAAUAGACGGGGUAUGUUGGGGAAGAGCGUGGAGGGCUUGGAAAAGGAAACGUGGAUGGGUAUUAACCCUCGUCUUGUGGGUAAUGUGUGGAUUCCGGGAAAUGUGCAGCAUGAUGUAUUCAUUGAGGGUUUGAUCAAUGUUCACCUUCAGGUAGCGUAUGAGAAAUCGGGCUUUUUGUCAGCUGAGUAUAAAGAUUUGGUGAAGUUGAGCAGGAUCUUUCAGGAGAUGAGAGAUGAGGGACUUAUGGAUCGCUUCAGUGGAGUGACUACGCUUUGGCAUCCGGAUCUGUAUCCGCGGAACGUGGUUUUCGAUCGUGUUGAUGCUGGUGAGGGAAUGGGGCGAGAGAUGAAGUUGACGGCGGUCAUUGAUUGGGAUGAUGCACUGGUGCUCCCACGAUACAUGAUACGCAAACCAUUGAAGUGGAUCUGGACACGCAACUGUCUUCCUGAAGAAUCGCAAGCAGUUAUCAAAGAUCAUUUUUAUAGUUAUAUGGAGAGUUUGGUUCCGGGAUAUAGAGGGGAGGCUGAGGGAAGAGAGGCGAUAGUUAUGAGGGCGGUGUUUGCGUAUGCGUUUUGGGGAACGGGGUAUAGAUCUCACUUGGAACUCUCAUUUCGGGGGUUGCUGAGGGAGUGGAAGAGGAUGGGAGAGGAAGAGGAAUAG